UUCGUGCAUCAUGAUUCAAAAUUGUGUCUGACAUUUUAACAUUUGUGUUUGAUAUAUGUGUGAGAGAUUAAAUAAGUUUAGAUAACGGAUUAGACAAUAUUAAAUGAUACAUUAGCUCACGCUAACUAGGCCCACUUUUAUCUGAUAAGAUGAGCACGCAACUUUAUCAUACAAUGAUCGGAUGAUACAGCUUGAGCUCUCGCUCUAGAAAACUAUGUGUUGGACAUAAAUAGAGCCAACGCUCGUUACUCGAAUGACAAUUAUUUCCACGCUUUUGAAAAUAAAUUUUACCGAGUCGUAAAAGAGAACUACGAGGAUGACGAGUGCCAUACGGAGGUCGCGAGAGAUUAAUUUUGAUAUAAUUUCGCUUUGAAUCGAGUAGUCCAGUGUUUUGACGCGCAUAGAAAUGGCGGAUACUAUAUUUAUCACGCAUGUCAUACUCUUGUUGACACUCAGAUUAUGUUCAGGUGAACGAGAGAUUGCUUUGCAGGAACAAGAUAUUUCUUUUGACGAUGAGAAAUCGGAUUCACCUGAAUCUUUGGAUCCAGAUCUUGGUUUCAAUAUAAACAGUCAAAAACGUUUUAAAUGUUAUAUGUGUGAAGAUUCUGAAUGUGUACAAUCUAAUGUCUGCAUCAAUGCAAUCACUUGUUGGAAAUCCAAAAUGAGAGAAGUCAGUGGUAGAGAGUUCGUUAGCCGUGGUUGUUAUAAAUCAGAAGAACACAAAUUAAUGAUGUGUAAUAAAGAAAAUUACCAAAAUACAGAUCAACAUAAAAAAAGAAAUGUUAGAGGGCUAUCAGGUGGUGUUCAAUUCUCUGUGGAAUGUUGUCAAGCAGAUUUUUGUAAUGUUGGUCCAUAUCCCAAGUUGGAAGAUUCAACCAACACUGAUGAGGAAUAUCAUGAAAUAAGAUUAACAUUGGUGAUUUUUGGAUUAGUGAGCGGGAUGGUCAUUUUUGGAGGAAUUGCACUUUGUCUAUUCGCGCAUCGAAUAAGAAGGAAACGACCUAUGUCCUCACGUCGGAAUAAGCUUAUUCUCGAUUCCGAAAUUGAACCAUCUAUGUUGCAUUUUUCGUUUUCUUCGCCUACAUCAUCUGCCACUUAUCAUUCACAUGAGCUUAGAGCAACGGCUGCUGGUGAUAGUACACUUAAAGAGUACUUAGAUGGACGAAGUUUGACCAGUGGUUCUGGUUCUGGAUUACCUUUGUUAGUACAAAGAACUUUAGCUAAGCAAGUAGCAUUAGUAGAGUGUCUCGGUAGUGGUAGCAGUGGAGGAUUUGGUGGAGAAGUGUGGAGAGGAGUUUGGCAUGGUGAAAAUGUAGCUGUAAAAAUUUAUUUCUCACGAGACGAAGCUGCAUGGGCUCGAGAGACCGAGGUUUACUCUCAACUAUUACCAUCCAGACAUGACAAUAUUCUAGGAUAUAUUGGUAGUGAUAUGACCAGUAGAGCCAGUUGCACUCAACUCUGGUUGGUGGUGCAAUAUCAUCCUCUCGGUUCGCUCUUUGAUCAUCUUAAUCGGUCGCCACAUCCAUUGACGCCUCAUCAAACGCUCAAUAUUUGUUUGAGUAUUGCAAACGGUUUACUUUAUCUGCACACGGAGAUCCAUGGAACCAAAGGAAAGCCAGCUAUGGCUCAUCGUAAUCUUAAAUCGAAGAAUAUCCUUGUCAAAACUAAUGGUGGUUGUGUAAUUGCCGAUUUCGCAUUAGCAGCUACUCAGGAUCGUCUCGUAGCAGACAGAGUUGAUUUACGACAAGGCACAAAACGUUACAUGAGUCCUGAAAUUCUUGAGCAAACGGUAAACGUCGAAUGUUUAGAGAGCUUUAAACGAGCUGAUAUCUACAGUUUAGGAUUGAUACUAUGGGAAGUCUGUCGCAGAUGCAUAAGUAACGGUGUAGCCUUAGAAUACGCAAUGCCAUACAGUGAAUGGUUACCAAGCAGUAAUCAAGAACCCUCUAUAGAAGAAAUGCGUAAAUUGGUUUCAUUUGACCAGAGAAGGCCGUCUCUUCCUAAUAGGUCACAUUCUGAUCCGACAUUGGCUGGAAUGGGAAAAUUAAUGCGAGAAUGUUGGCAUGGAAAACCAGCGGCCAGACUACCCAUACUUAGGGUAAAGAAGACACUCGUUAAAUUAGCAGCUAGUGAUUCACGUGUUCAUUUACCCCUUGACUGACCAGCGUUUAUCUUACCUCUCUUUCAUUCAUCUAUUUAUUACUGCAAUUGCUGCACCAAUUGUCAUAUAUGUAUAUCUAUAUAUAUGUACGUACAUAUAUAUAUAUACAUAUGUAUGUAUAUAUGUAUGUAUGAAUGCAUGCAUAUAUAUAUGUAUGUUUGAUCAUCAUCAACAUUCGUGCGUUAUCAGAUCAUUAUAUCAUAAAGAUAAAAAAUAUCGUAUAUUGACAUAUCCAAAUAACGACGGUAAUAAGUUUGUUAAUGUUUGGCAUAUGAAUUUAUUGCUUUAUGUUCCACAUUAUUGUUAUCUCAUUCUGGAACAUAUUCUGGAACAAUAAUAGCAUUAAGUAUAAUUUCAUAACGUUGAUCAAAGAAUAUUAUUGAUUCAAUGGACAAGAAAUUAGAUGUCCCGAUUAUUCAAAAUUAUUCGUUAAAAAAAUAAUUACUAUAAAGAGAAUGUAAACUUUUUCAUAAUUUACUAGAUUAAAUGAAAUAAUGUAGAUGAAGAUUAAUUUAGUGAUUGAUAUUUCAUUUAAUGUAACAGACGUUAUCAUUAUAACAUUAAGAAAUUAUUACAUCAUUUUAAACAUUUUUCUACGGCUCGGUUUGGUUUAGCUAAUAUACAGAUUUGUAUGUACAAAAAUAUUAAUAAUCGUCUCGGUAAUAUCAUAUACACGCGCGCGCGCCCACACACAC